CUUCACGCUUUUGUAGUGGGCUAAAUAUUGCGCUCCAGGUUUUACUUCCGUUCGCCGCAAAAUGCGAUCGUCAACGCAGUGUACCGUAAUUCAUUUAAUAUUAUUGAUCGUCGUUGUCGUCGUCGUUCACAAUCCCGGUGAAACCCUGGCAGAUGAAGAGAGAAUUUCCGACUAUAUACGGAGAUGCUGUAUUAGUGGUCUUCGACAAGCGCGUACGGCCAAUUCCUGUGAAAAUGUCUCCGAGGUCAAUAGCAUUCCAGCUCUUUGGCUUGGAUUGUGCCACUCAACUUUUGAGGUAUGCUGCUCCCGCGAGGUUGAUCACUUGAGCUGUGAAUUGGGUCGCUUGGCUGCAAUAGAAGGCGCACGUUGUAAUAAAUUUCCGCCAGCUAAUUCAAGCUCAACGACCGGAGCAUAUGCUGACUGCUGUCGUGCCUGCCAAGUUGGACUGGCUGUCAAGGCUAGUCAACAAAAUUGCAGAGACCCGUUAUUCUCCUUCCUUUCGGCUAUUGAGUCAUAUCGCCUCUGUUGCGACGACGCUGAGAGCUACUUUCCCAAUUACUCCGGGUCCAAGCACAGGCAUCAAGAUGAGAACAUUCCCCAGGAGGGAGAACUCCCGAUACUGAGUGGAGAAACAGCAGAUGGAACAAUAGUUCUCACUGGCGAUAAUAAUGAUAUUUGUGGUGAAAUUCCGAAUCUCUGUGCACAAAUCUGUGAAAAUACGGUUGAAGCCUACGAGUGCAAGUGCCAUCCAGGAUUUCAACUGGAUGAAAACAACGUUACAUGUUCGGCUAUAUCUGAGAAGAAAAAUCUUUGUCCCAACGGAUAUCGCCUGGAUGGAAUGCAGGGCAAAUGCGUUGAUAUAGACGAGUGUAAGGAGCAGUUGCAUGAGUGCAAAACAACACAAUAUUGUCACAACACAAUUGGCGGAUAUCACUGCCUCAAUGUGAAGACGAACGAAUGCUCCUCCGGUUACCACUUCGACGAAAAGUCUGAAGAAUGUAAAGAUGACAACGAGUGCGAGCAAUCGCCGUCGCCAUGUGAUGCUGAUCAGGAAUGCACCAACUAUCCUGGCGGGUAUAAAUGCAUCAAAAGUUUACUACCCUCUCCGAACACUUUAGACAGCAGCCAGUGUGGAAGUGGCUUUUACUUAAAGGACGACGGGAGCUGUGUUGAUAUUGACGAAUGUGCCCAAAACACGACCAAUAACUGUCAUAUACAUUUGCAUAAGGAAUGCAGAAAUACGUUGGGCAGCUUCUUCUGCCAUUGCCAGGCUGGCUACAGUCUGGAUGUCACCCAAGAUCGAUGUGUCGAUAUUAACGAGUGCUCCAUUAACAAUCACAACUGUCUGCCAACUCAGAGAUGCGAUAACACGAUCGGAUCAUACAUUUGCACGCGGCUCCAAAGCUGUGGUACGGGCUAUACGUUGAAUGCUGAAACUGGAAUCUGCGACGAUGACGAUGAGUGCGCCUUGGGAACCCACAACUGUCCAAUCAGCUACGACUGUUACAAUACCAAGGGCUCAUUUCGAUGUCAUAGAAAAACAACAACCAGCACUACAACCACGACGACAACCACAUCCACCACAAUCCGGCCGCCGCUUGUUGAGAAAUCACCCAAUCUGCGCUACCCAUAUGGAGGGUUGACCUCCCGCAAGCGACUACCAUGUGCAACAGGGUUUAACCGAAACCACCUUGGGGCUUGUGUUGAUAUCAAUGAGUGCUAUGAAGGAGAACCAUGUGGCAGCCACGAGCGUUGCAUAAAUACCAAUGGCCACUACAGAUGCGAGAGCCUACUGCAGUGCUCCGGGGGCUACAAAUCGACUCCCGACGGAACAUCCUGUAUUGACAUUGACGAGUGCGAGACGGGAGAGCACAAUUGUGGCGACACGCAAAAAUGCCUUAAUCGCAAUGGAGGCUAUAUCUGCGCUUGUCAUACGGGUCAUCAGAUGUCCCGUCUAUCCACCGGUCUCGAUACCUGUGUCGACAUCAACGAAUGUACCUCCGCCCAGCGUGUAUGUCCUUCCAAUGCAAACUGCUUCAACACUAUAGGUUCUUAUUACUGCGAAUGUAAAUCUGGAUUCGAGAAGAAGACUGACAAUAGUCAGGCUUCUGGGGACUCUACAGCUCAAUGCUUCGAUGUUGAUGAGUGCGAAGCUAUUUCUGGCCUUUGCCAACAGAAGUGUGUCAACUUUUGGGGUGGCUAUCGGUGCUCGUGCCACAUGGGAUAUCAACUGGGACAAGACAAUCGCACGUGCAACGACAUAGACGAAUGCGAAGUUCACAAGGACUACAAGCUAUGCAUGGGCUCUUGUGUCAACACUGCUGGAUCUUAUCAGUGCUCGUGUCCACGUGGAUACACCUUGGCGGCAGACGAAAAAACUUGCCGCGACAUUGAUGAAUGUGAGGGCAGUACCGAAAAUCAUGUGUGCACCGGUCGGCAUGAUAUAUGUACAAAUAUACGAGGGAGCUUUAAAUGCACGACCAUCAACUGCCCCUAUGGAUAUAUGAACGAUCCCGAACAGAAGAACAGGUGCAGACAAAAGGCCACAUACUGUGAAGGAGAAGACUGCUACACAAAGCCUUCUGCGUAUACCUAUAAUUUCAUUACAUUUGUAUCCAAAUUAAUGGUUCCUCCAGACGGGCGCACUAUAUUCACUUUGCGUGGGCCAAUAUGGUACAACAACAUUGAAUUUGACCUAAAGAUUGUGCGAAUUCAAGCCGCCCCCAACAUUGAAAGGGCAACCGAAAGUCAUUUUGAUACGUUGAAGAGCAAUAACCAAGUGAAUCUCUUGUUGAAAAGGGCUUUGGACGGUCCCCAGGAUAUUGAGCUUGAGUUGAGCAUGACGGUUUUCACAACGAACGCAAUGCCCCGAGGAAAAAGCGUUGCCAAAUUGUUUCUCUUUGUAUCGCAAUACCCUUUCUAAAGGCACUACCUGUGUCUUUAAAUAAUAUUAGAGUCAAGGAACAUAAA